CACAAACACCAUGUAGCCUCUUCAGGAGGGUUUGGCACAUCACAUGACCCAUAACAGUUUUCUGGCCAACCAGCAUAAUCGAAUGCCAAGGGAUAUGUUGGCCAGAGCUCUAAUGCUGCAAUCUUUGAUUGAUACUUUAGAGACCUGCCCUCCGUCAAGUAAGAACGAACAGCCUUCCGAGCCUACCGAAAAUGAUUUUUCUACCUUCAUCACCACAUUCCAAGUUUCCACAGAAGGCCAGCCACCAGGCAAAAGGAAGAGGGUCACUGCAGGGUUCCCAGAAUCCUCCCAGUAUCUCCAGAAACAAGAACAUCUGCUGUCAAAAUACAUCCAUCAGAAACCAUCAACCAGGAAAUUGGAUAGGCAGAUUAAGAAGCAGGGGUGGACAGCCAACCAUCCAACUCCAGAAGAGAUCCGGCAGAUGUGGAAACCAGCCUCCAAAUUGUCCAUUGAGGGUGAUGCUCACACCUACAAGAAAACAAUUAAGCAGAAUUGGAAAGGCCUGGUUAUCCAAGACUUUGGUGGAAAAAAAGGGCUAAGAGUGGUUACAACCAAGCCUUUUGCCGAAGGUGCAAUUGUCUGUGAUUACCAUGGAAUCAUCACCACAGCUGCUGAGGGGAGAGAAAUGAUGAGCCUCAACUCAGAAGAAGACAUGCGUGGCCUGUUUUUCUUCAGAGCUGGGCAGACAGAACUCUGCAUUGAUGGCCACAGUCCAUGUGAGUGUCACGGAGCAGACACUUUUGGCAGAAGGAUCAAGCAUUCUUCAAAAAAGAGCAACUUGAAGCCACUUCACUGCGUCUUCAACACAGGAGAAGGUGAAAAGCAAGCCAUCCUCUUCAAGGCUGUGAAGGACAUUGACACAAACACUGAACUUUCUUUUGACCACGGUGCCAAGAGGAAGUUCUUCCGAGGAGAGGGUCUGGACCUGAAAUGGCUGGAUGAGUAGAAUACUCAUGUGGAUGAGAGGACUUAACAUCUUGUUGUUACAACAUCAACAGGCCCAGUGUGUAUCCCAGUACUGGAUACCUGCUGGAGCUAACAAUACAGGUACAUGUAAAUAGUUGUUAAUCAGGUACUUUUUUUUUUUACUCUUAAAAAAAGGUUGUGCAGAAUUUUUUUUUGAAAUGUUCUAUUGAAAAUGACACGUAGGAUCAACUGUCUCAACACGUUUCUGUUCACUGCUCAGCUCUGCACGGAAGUGAGAACCAACCCAUAUAAAUGGAUUUCUGUAGAAUUGCAAUUUACUGCGUGUGUCAUCGAUGCGCCAUUGAAUAUCAAACUUUUUGGUCCCGUAACUGGAUAAAGCAGUGUUUAUCAAAGGUUGUUGUUGUGUGGUGUCACAGAGAGGACCCUAGGUCAAUCUCUAUAAUUGAAAAAUGAGGAGGGGGUCAAUGUUGAGAUGACACAUAACAUAUUCCCCUACUUUGUAACAGGGGUGAAUUGAUGGUGUUUAAAUGAUUGCUUGCAGAUGUUUUACCAUACCAUCUGCAUCUGGCUGUUGAAUACAUCCUUUGACUGGCUGGAAAGGAUGGACCUUGGGUGCUCAAACUUACAAACUGCACAGGAGAGGAACAUUCUCAGAAAGUAACCUUAAUAUUUCACCUGUACAAUACUGUAGCAGGGUGAUGUGGAAGAAAUUGGCUUUUCCUCUGUGCCUACAUUAUUCACUGAUCAAUAGAACUAGCUAUUAGAUACUAGUUAGUAUAUCUCAUUUGAGCUUGCCAUUAAUAAGACUAGAUUGUGUCAGGUUGAAUAGAUGUUCGGGGUCAGGAGAAAGUACUGGCUAAACAUCCCUUGUCGUGAUCUCUCUACCCUGAGAGUGGUUAUGGGUUGGGAGCAGUGAAUCUCUUUCUCUGAGACUGUUGUAAUUUCUAGACUUCCUGACUCUCACCAUCUUUGUUUACAUUCUUGUACCCUAUAAAAGAUCGUCCUUCAGAGCUGAGAGAGAAAUGAUUGAGACCCAAGCCUGUUGUUGUGAUGUCAUUAAUGUGAGAGGUCUGGUUUUCUCUCCCAAUCUGCAGAUUGAUAAUACUGAAAUCUGAAUUUAGUCACUCUGUUUAUGAAAAGACGGACAAAACACUUUCUUCAUAGGUGGUUCCUGUAGUUUUCCUAUAAUGUGCCAUUAUAAGAUCAGGCCUUCAGAGGAACUGAGAAAACCAAAAUAGAUAUAUGAUUGUAUUUCAUAUUGGCUGCUUCUACAGGCAUGAUUUUACAGGAUCCGUACCAUCAUGGAGAAUGGAUCUACCUGCCUCCUGACUGUAAAUCAACUUACAUUGUAGCUUUAGCUUUUCUGUUGCUUGUGCUCAUGUCAGGCAUAGCUUGAUUGGCCCUCUAACAGCCAGUAACUGGCAUCGAGAUUUUUUUUUCAAAUACCACAGGCGAAAGUUAAAUAAGCAUUUAUCUGGAUGUCAUUGUGAUAGUAUCAUCAUCAAGUAUUUCCAUGUAAUGAAAUUGUUUACCCCCACAAAAUGUUUUUUUUUGUAUUUGAUAAUGAAGUCAAAACAAUGAA